ACACUUCAUAGUGUUAUUAUUCUUAGUGUUGUGGUAUAUGAUCCACGAUUGAACCUCUCCCAACAACUCGAGUUAUUGGGAUCAACUGGUUCUUGAUAUGGUAUCAGAACCUUCUGUGACCGAGAGGUCUUGUGUUCGAUUCUCGGUGACCCCAUUUGUUAAGUACAUGGUAUUCUUGUCUUCAGAUCUGUGCAAACUUCAAGCCCUUGUGAGUGGCUUUCGUUUGAGGGGGGUGUUAGUGUUGUGGUAUAUGAUCCACGAUUGAUCCUCUCCCAACAACUCGAGGAUAUACGUACGUGACAGAAUCAUCAGAAACUGAACCUUACUGCAUGCAUUCUUGGCCCAUUAUAUUUACGUACGUAGUAUAUACUUGAGAAUCAUAAGCAGUUAAGCUGUACAAGAUUCUCUUAGAUACUAUAUGUGUUUCUGCUCUAAACUUAUAUUACCAUACAUCUGUGCAACAGUUGAUACACAUUAGCCUAAUUAAAGGCUGCGAUCAUAUGCUUUAAUUUAAUCGUAUAUUACCAUAUCUGUUCUCCAUCAAUAAGCGAUUAAGCCGUACAAAGAUUCUCUUAGAUACUAUAGGUAUCUCUAGUACAUGUUUCUGCAUGCUGAUCUGAUCUUCGUUCCCCAACUCUCCAUUUCGAAGUUGUCAACCCCCGGUUUACCGUUUACCCCGGUCUAGGCGAUGAGCUAUUGGUCCGACCGUUUUUGUCCGGUUUACUCCGGGAAAAAAAGUCAUUGUAUUGUUAAUACUCGUAAAAAGUCAUGUAUAAAACCUAUGUAACAUAUACCAUAACCAUUGCAUGAAGCAAAGUGGCCUUCUGGAGUGAAAGUUCGUCGACCGAUUUCGAUCGCGUUGGAGCCAACUUUGCACCAGGUUGAGGUGGGUUUGAUGAAUCUAUGCGAAGCCCAAAGCAAGUGUGUGCCGCCCAUUUUUCCCACUGCGUCAACCCACGGUUCGACCCCGGGCCGGUUAACAACCUUGCUCCAUUCCCUGUUGAUCUCUCCAUUUGAAAUACUACUAUGCUAACGUCUCUCUGCAUAAUCACUUGAAAGAUCCCCAUGAACAAAUCAAGGUUCCCCGUCAUUAAUAAUUACCCUAAUAUUCUCACAAUAAUAUCACAUCCCCUAAUCAAGCAAAACUUUGAUUCCGACAUUAAUUUCCCCUCCAUCUCUCCCACCCUACACAAUAUAUAAAUCCCAAGUCCUCACUGUCAAUAAUCAAAUCAAGUCCUCCAUUCCUUUCCCUCGAGAUCACACUUUCACACAAUCAAACAACCAUGGCCGCCACAACCACCACCUUCACCCUCCUCCUCCUCCUCCUCGUCGCCGCUCCCAACGCCGCAAAAGGCAACAGCUUCACCGUCGAACUAAUCCACCGCGACUCAACCCGCUCCCCCUUGUCCCACCCCGACCUCUCCAAACCUCAGAGAGUCCGAAACGCCGCGGCUCGAUCCAUCGACCGAGCCCGCUUCCUGGAGCGCAGGCUCGGGCUCUCGUCCUCCGUGUCCCCGAUGGACGCCGAGGCGCCCGUGACAGCCGACAGCGGGUCCUACCUUGUCCACGUGUCGCUGGGGACCCCGGCGUUCCCCAUCGUCGCCAUCGCCGACACCGGGAGCGACGUCAUCUGGACCCAGUGCGAGCCCUGCACCGACUGCUACACCCAGACCGCCCCGAUGUUCGACCCCAAAUCCUCCACCACGUACAGGGAGAUCUCCUGCUCCUCGGAAACCUGCACCUCGCUCACCGACGAAGGCACCUCUUGCUCUAGCGACGUUUGCCACUAUCAGGUAACGUAUGGGGACGGCUCUAACACGAGCGGCGACAUGGCGACGGAAACCCUAACCCUCGACUCCACCGCCGGCCGGAAAGUGGCCCUACCGAAAACCAUCUUCGGGUGCAGCCACGAGGGCGAGGGAACGUUCUCCCCCAACGCCUCGGGAAUCGUGGGACUCGGCGGCGGAGCCGCCUCCCUCGUCAGCCAGUUGGGGUCCACCACGGGCGGGAAAUUCUCCUACUGCCUCGCCUCAUUCGGCGACGACACCCCAAGCACACUCACCUUCGGCCAAUCCGCCGCCGUUUCGGGCGGCGUGUCCACCCCGCUCCUCACCGACCCUAGAAAUCCGACUUUUUACUUCCUCCGCCUCGACGCCAUCAGCGUCGGGACCAAGAAGAUCGCCUUCACCGGCCGCGGCGGCGGCGGCUCGUCCGGGGGAAACAUCAUCAUCGACUCCGGGACCACGCUGACGAUCGUGCCGAAGGGUGUGCUGUCCGAGCUGGCGGAUGCCGUCAGCAGCCAGGUCAGCGGCGGAACGCCCGUGCAGGUGCAAGGGCUGGACACCUGUUUCGAGGUGGAGGAUUCGGGAAGCUUCGAGGCGCCGACUUUGACCAUGCAUUUCGACGGCGGCGCUGACGUGGAGCUGAAGACCGGGAACACGUUUGUUGAGGCGGAGGAGAACGUGGUGUGCUUGGCGUUCGCCGGCUCGGCCUCGCUGGCGAUCUAUGGGAACGUGGCGCAGCAGAAUUUCAGGGUUGGGUACGAUUUGAAGGGAGAGACUCUGUCCUUCAAGCCCGCGGACUGCACUGCUGGCUCUUCCGCCUAGGCUAAUAUUAGAUUCAUUAGUUGGUUUAUUGAAUUUAGUUCAGAAUAACUUGUUUUAUUAUUGUGUGGUUUGAUUAGUUGGAUAGUGAUAACAUUGCACUAUUGUUAUUUCUAGCUACUAGAUUUGUGUCCGUCCGUUGGUUGGAUGAAUAACAUCGAUAAUAUAAACAAUUUUAUAAAUGAUUGUGAAAUCAAGCUUUUUUUUUUUUUUUUGCUACAAUAAGAGAAUCAGUAUUAUUCAAUUACAGAAAUAUAAUAAAAGGAACAUACAUGCUGAUCAUUCAUAAUCAUAUAAGUCUUCAUAAAAAAGUAAAAAUACAUAGGAAAUUUAUUCCUAAAAAUUUUGUAAUCAGGUCGCUUCAAUCUAAUGCUCAAUGUAAGAAAUUAUUUCAAAAUUU